UAUGGCUGUCGAUCGACAAGCGUAGGGUAGGGUAGGAGUAAUAAGAGUAAAUAUUUUCUAUAUGAUUUUUUCUUAAAUUUUUAAUCACUCGAGUAUUUAUUACUAAGCAUGGAAUUAAGUGACGAAUAAGUGCUUUGAAAAUCAACGGCCCUCUUGUCUGAGGGGUCCAUAGGGUGUCCCAGCAGUGACCACUGGAUAACAAGGCUUUCGGGAAGUACAAUGGCGCAAGUAGGGGCAAACAUGGAAUACCAAGAAUACAAAUGGGCCUAUUCAAUCAUGGAUUCUUCAAGAGUAUCUGCGUGUCUGAUAUCUAUGCUCCUGAUCGUCUAUGGCAGUUUCCGAUCUUUGAAUAUGGAACGCGAGGCGAGAGAAAAGGCAGAACGCGAAAAAGAAGCUUGCUUAUUAGGCAAUAAGACACCGCCUAACUCUUCAUCUAGUAGUAAUGUACAAACAUUGAACACGAUGCAGGCGUUGUGUUUCCCUCUGGGGUCAUCAGUGGCCCUACUAGUUAUGUUCUUCUUUUUUGACUCCGUGCAAACACUCGUCGCGAUAUGUACAGCCAUUGUAGCCUGUGCGGCCCUAGCGUUUCUCCUAACCCCGCUGUGCCAGUACGUGGCCGGAGGAAGUCGGGCUGCGCUGUGCGGCCGGUACUCCGCCCCCGAGUUGGCCGCAGCUCUACUCGCCGCUGCCAUCGUUGCUGUCUGGGUGUUAACUGGACAUUGGCUGCUAAUGGACGCUAUGGGCAUGGGUCUGUGCGUGACCUUUAUUGCGCUGAUCCGUCUGCCGUCGCUGAAGGUGUCCACCCUUCUACUCACCGGUCUACUUCUUUAUGAUGUCUUCUGGGUGUUCUUCUCGUCAUACAUAUUCACUGCCAAUGUUAUGGUCAAGGUCGCUACCAGGCCAGCCGAAAAUCCAAUGAACGUGGUCGCCCGUCGCUUGCAGCUGGGCGGGGCGAUGCGAGACGCGCCCAAACUCUCUCUUCCUGCCAAACUCGUCUUCCCUUCCAUGCAUCAUCAGGGACACUUCUCUAUGCUUGGUUUGGGUGAUAUAGUGAUGCCUGGUCUUUUGCUGUGUUUCGUGUUGCGCUACGACGCGUACAAGAAGGCCACGCUUGUGUGUCAGAUGGGGCAAGUUCCUGGCCCACGUUCUAUGGGUUCCCGUCUGACAUACUUCCACUGCUCUCUACUGGGCUACUUCCUGGGACUACUGACGGCGACAGUAUCCGCGGAAGUGUUUAAGGCGGCUCAACCCGCACUACUUUACCUCGUGCCCUUCACGCUACUGCCGCUACUCACUAUGGCAUACGUUAAGGGUGAUCUAAGAAGAAUGUGGAGUGAACCGUUCAUAGCGCCACCGAACGGCAAGUUGGGGGCUGACUUCGAUGUCUGAAUGAAACUUUUCGUCUCACAACUUAUGGGUUCUCAGCCAAUGGUCUAAAACAGGUCCUGCAUAACUAUUUAUACUUAAAAAUGUCUGAAUUUAUUUUAUAAAUAGUAGACUAGUAAACAAAUAUAUACGCUACAGUACGUCAAGAACCGCUAUAGAUUUAGUAUUAAUUAGUGAGAAAAUCAUUAUAAAACUAAAAAUGUUUUACCGCGAAUUUGGAAAUCCUAUGUUUCAAAAUAUUGAGAAAAUAACAGAGAUAUCUGCAAUUUUUAGAUUUGCUAUAUCUAAAGUGCUAAUUGUAUCGAAAUGUGCGAAUUUUAAUGUCACAUACAAAAUUUCUUGCUUAUAAUAUGUUCUGUAGUUUGAAACAUUUAACCCCAACAAUAUUGAGUUCUCUCAAAGCUGAUGAAAUUUAUAAUGUUUAGACAGAACUUCAGACUAAAACAUUAAGUAAUAUAAGUGUGCAUGUUCUGUUUUGAGCUUUAAAUGAAUGGGUGAAAAUUGCCCAAUUUUAUUGUAAUAAAAUUGAUGUCUAUUAUACCAGUGACUAUUAAAACUAGCUGUUGUAAAGAGUUGAGAUGGACGCCGUAAUUUAAAUCAAAUUAAAAAGAUAAAACUUUUUUUUCUUAUUGACAUACUCAAUGUCAAAACUCAGUAGCCCCUGAAAAAACGUUUAAUUCUAUAUUUAAAAUUUAAAUUAUGCUUAUAAUGUGAUAUGGGCAUCAACUCAUAGAUUAUAUAUUUUUAAUCCUAUAUUGCUCUAAUCUUAAUUCUAAUUUGCGACUCAGCUCUAUAUCAAUUUAAGAAAAAUGAAAAUAAGGUUGUAUAAUUGGUGAAAUUAUUCAAGGAUAUUUGAAAUAAUAAAAAAAACCUUUAUGUAAUUUUAAAUUUAUGACAACAAAUGCCUGUGAAUUACACAUAAAAUGAAAUUUAUUUAAUUGACAUAUUCUAUGCAAUUAACAAUAAAAUAAUCCUUGGAGUAAAGUAGGGAUAGAAAAGAUUGUUCGCACUAUGCUUACGUGUGCAAAAGUUAUGGUAAAAAAAUGUUUUGUACACUUUCUUGACUAACUUUUUUAAAUACAAUCUUGUAAUUAACAUUAUUUUUUUACAUUCGAGGUUUUACUAAAAUGACUGAUUUGAAUCUAAAAAUAAUUUCUCUCUCUAUGUUGAAGUAGAAUUAAGCAUAAAAUAUAAAUGAAUCUCAUUUAUAAGUAGCCAGUACUUGUAUGAAAACUUUUUAAUAUUUACUGUUUUUAAAUGUUUAUUAUGGUUGGUGUUGAACAAAUAUGUAUGACUUUUUCAUUGAAUGUUAGGAACUGAUAUGUGUAUUAUCAAUUGGCAUAACUAAUUUUGCUAAAUGACUUAGGUACCAUGCGCAGAUAGUUUUUUCCUAAACAUAAAUAGAAUGGGUUACAAACAUAUCCAGUCUUUAAUUUAAGGUUUAAAAUAAUUUCUGAACAAAUUGUUGUAUUCAUGAUUAAAGGAAAUUUAAAAUUGUACCAGAUAAUUAGAAAUUGUUAUUACUGUAAGAUUUUAAUAUGAGUACUUUUUAUUUCCUACAGUUGGAUAGGUAAUCUUCAUUUAUCAUUUCUCCAAACCCACAUUAAACAACCCUUUUAUAUUCUUUGAUAGUAUGUUCAUUGCAGAGCUAGUUGUCUCAAACCUUGAGCAUAUUUGUGAAUUGAUAAAUCAUGGUCUGAUUAUUUUAAUUAAGGGACAUUUUAAUAGAAUAGUUAAGUUGUGUGAAUAAUUUUUUAUGAAUUUACAUGAACUUAUUUGCAAUUAGUAGUUUAAGUUAAAAUGAUACAAAUCUUAACCUAAACAGUAUUUUUCAAUGCAAUUAAUAUUGAGGCUUCUGCUUCAUCAGAAGAAACAUCCUUUUGCUGUUAGCUUGCCUUAUUGGUGGUUUUUUAGAUUUUUCCGUAACUUGUAAUACUAAAAGUGAUUUGUUGUUUUAAACUAACCACCCAGUUUUGUUGGAACCUUACUUUUGUACUAUGUAGGACAUUGAUAUAUUAAUAUUUUAAAAUGUCAUCAUUUUCCUAAAAAAGCUGUCUAACUUUUCAUACUGUAUUUGUUAGAUAUAUGAGAUUUUCAAAUGUAAAUAUCAAAAAUUACUUGUAAGAUUAAUGUAACUGUUUCAUUACAUCACAAGUAGAUUACAAUGUAUAUACAACCCUCACAACAUUCUUAUUGAAAAAAGGAAAAUGCAUUUAAUAUUUUUAUAUGUAUUUGUGACCUGUUCUAAUACUUAAUAAAAAUAUUAGAUGGACAA